AUGAUUUUCGGGCCGGGCCUGGGCUUUUUUUUCACAAUAUGGUUUGUACCGGGCCGGACCGGGCUUAAGGAUAAAAUUGAUGGACCGGACCGAACCGAAAAUAUACGGCCCUUGCAGGUAAUUACUGCUUUAAGAUUUUUUGCUGCUGGCAGUUACCAAUUAGAUGUUGGUGAAAACCGGCAUACAUCUAUUUCUCAAGCUUCAGUAAGCAGAGUUAUUGAAGAAGUAACAAACGCAAUAACAAAUCCUGCAAUUUUUAAUCAGUUUGUUAAAUUUCCCAAUAACUUUAAUGAAUUGGAUGAUGUAAGAACAGGAUUUUUUUCUAAGUAUAAAUUACAAGGUGUUAUAGGAGCGAUUGAUUGUACACACAUUGCUAUAACACCUCCUAAAAAAGAUGAUCCAAUUUACCCAGAAAAUAUUUAUGUAAAUCGCAAAGGCUAUCAUUCAAUAAAUACUCAACUUAUAUGUGAUGCAAACUUACAUAUUUUGAAUGUGUCGGCUAGGUGGCCUGGGUCUACACACGAUACACACAUAUGGAACGAUAGUGUUGUAAAACAAUUUAUUACAGAUUUACAUGGUCGAGGUUUCACUUCGUAUUUUCUAAUAGGAGAUUCAGGAUAUCCCCUUCGACCAUGGUUAUUAACACCAUUUUUAAACGCUGAACCUAAUACUCCGGAGUACAGAUUUAAUAAAACAUUUUGUCACGCAAGAUCUUGUAUUGAAAGAUGUAAUGGAGUCUUAAAAAUGCGUUUUCGCUGUCUUCUCAAACAUAGAACACUACAUUAUUCUCCUAGCAAGGCUUCAAAAAUAAUCAAUGCAUGUGUUGUAUUGCAUAACCUAUGCAUUUCAGAAAACGUGCCUAUAAUAGAUGGCGAUAAUGAUGAAGUUGCGGAUUUAGAAUUAGGCCUCUAUCAUUUUCCUAUGGAGGAACAUAAUGAUGAUGUACCAAAUAGGCAGAACCAAGAGCUUAUAGCUGGUCAGCGUUUCCGUCAAAAUAUAGUAAAUAGAUUGUUUACUGAUUGAGAAAAAUGUAAAUAUUGUUUUUAAUUGAUUUCAGUAAAUUAUUAUACAAUGUUCAAUUAUAUAGGUGCUAGAAAUAAAUUUCUUAUUAUCAGGAUAUAUAUUAAAAUGA